AGUAACGUUAGCAGGGCAGGACCACAACUGUCAAGAGGGGGACGGACGUAGGAGUCCUACGAUAGCAGCCUGGUGAGACAAGAUAUCAUUGUUGUAGCACCUCUGCCUGUCGUCGAGUUAGGGCCAACCUCAUUGUUCAAACUUAAAACAUCCGCAGCUACCGAGUCGAUAGCCGCCUGCCUGGCUAUCCUGCCAGCCGGUCAGCCCUUGCUAGGAGCAAUAGCAGCUAACUUAGCUUAGCUGACGGCAGCCAGGCUACCCGGGAAGAGCUCGCAACAUGAGGCUGAAAGUCGGAUUCAUUUUACGGAGCUUGCUUGUAAUUGGGACGUUUCUUGGUUUGGUGGUGCUCUGGUCCUCUCUGUCACCGAAACCCAGCGACGAAAACCCCUUCGGAAAACGGGAUGACAGUCUGCUGCCCAAAGGAGACUUCGCAGAUCAGUUUAAGCCUGUGGUGCCCUGGCCUCAUGUGGAGGGGGUGGAGGUUGACCUCAACUCCAUCAGACUCAAACAUGGAGGAGCUGACCAUCCCCUGAACCCUGAGCAGCAGCAGCCCAACCAGAAGCAGGUGAUCCAGCAGCAGUAUGUGACAUUCAGACCCCACUCACAUGCCUACACCAGCCCCAUCCUGAAGAAAGGUAUCCUGGGAAACUUUGAGCCCAAGGAACCCGAGCCUCCAGGGGUCCUCAGCGGUCCUGGAGAGGGAGCGAAGCCUUUUAUCCUGGGUCCGGAGUACAAAGAUUCGGUCCAGGCUUCCAUCAAAGAGUUUGGCUUCAACAUGGUGGCCAGCGACAUGAUCUCACUGGACAGAACCAUCAGUGAUAUACGCCAUGAAGAGUGUAAGUACUGGUAUUAUGACGACAGACUGCUGACCUCCAGUGUGGUGAUAGUCUUCCAUAAUGAAGGCUGGUCUACUCUGAUGAGAACCGUCCACAGUGUCAUCAAGAGGACUCCCAGGAAGUACCUGGCUGAGAUUGUCAUGAUAGAUGACUACAGCAACAAAGUCCAUCUGAAGGAGCGCUUGGAGGAGUACAUCAAACAAUGGAACGGUCUCGUCAAACUCUUCAGAAAUGAGAAGAGAGAAGGACUGAUCCAGGCCAGGAGUAUAGGAGCCAAGAAGGCUGCUAAAGGACAGGUGCUGAUCUACCUGGACGCUCACUGUGAGGUUGGAAUCAACUGGUAUGCUCCACUGAUUGCUCCUAUUUCAAAAGACAGAACGGUGUGUACGGUGCCUCUGAUCGACUCCAUCCAUGGCCAGAAGUUCACCAUCGAGCCCCAGGGUGGAGGAGACCAGGACGGCUUUGCUAGAGGAGCGUGGGACUGGAGCAUGCUCUGGAAGAGAGUUCCUCUGGGUGACAGAGAAAAAGCACUCAGAAAAACUCAUACUGAGCCAUAUAGGUCUCCAGCCAUGGCAGGUGGUCUCUUUGCCAUAGAGAGAGAAUUCUUCUUUGAGCUGGGUCUGUAUGACCCCGGACUGCAGAUAUGGGGAGGAGAGAAUUUUGAAAUCUCAUACAAGAUCUGGCAGUGUGGCGGCCAACUUCUCUUCGUACCGUGUUCUCGUGUCGGCCAUAUUUACAGACUUCAGGGAUGGCAAGGGAACCCUCCACCUGCACAUGUUGGAUCCUCACCCACUCUGAAGAACUAUGUUCGUGUGGUGGAGGUAUGGUGGGAUGAAUAUAAGGACUACUUCUACGCCAGUCGCCCUGAAACUCUCACUCUGGCCUACGGAGACAUCAGUGAGCUCAAACGCUUCAGGGAGGAACAUCGAUGCAAGAGCUUCAAAUGGUUCAUGGAGGAAAUAGCGUACGACAUCCCCCUGCACUACCCUCUGCCUCCGAAAAAUGUGGAGUGGGGGGAGAUUCGCGGCUUUGAGACAAGUUACUGUAUUGACAGCAUGGGACACACCAAUGGAGGCAAUGUGGAAAUAGGACCGUGCCACAGGAUGGGGGGCAACCAGUUGUUCCGUAUCAAUGAAGCCAACCAGUUGAUGCAGUACGACCAGUGCCUGACCAGAGGAGUUGAUAAUUCAGCUGUCAUUAUCACACACUGUGACCAGAACCAGCACACUGAGUGGAAGUACUUCAAGGAUCUCCAUCGGUUCACUCAUGUGCAAACAGGGAAAUGUCUGGACCGCUCUGACCUGCUGCACAAAGUGUUCAUAUCAGACUGUGACACCAGUAAAACCACUCAGAAAUGGGAGAUGAACAACAUUGUGGCCGUAUGAAGACUAGAGGAGCAGCAGGAGCUGGGAGAGCAACACAGUGACUGUAUGAAGACAUACACACUGAUUAACACGCCAAGAAUCACAUCCAUACUAUAAGUUUACAGGUCUGUCGAGCUGACACUGUCCUUUUGAAGAAAAACUGUUGUCAUGAGCCAGUCAUUGUCAGAGAGUCUACUAUUCACAGCUUCAACCCAAAACUGCUGCCACCAGCCAAAAUAUGCCUCAGUCAAACUUUAGACCACAUGUUCAUCCAUGAUACAGACACACAGAUACUCUAGGUGGCAGAAGAGCUGGUGAUGUGGAGGCUGAAGCUGCUGGUUCACUGAACUGAAAACAUGUUGGGCUCUGUCUCUGUCUCGGUCCUUCAUGAUGCUCGUGUUUACACUAUGUCUCUAUCUGUUCUUUUGGGCUCUCAGGUCUUUUCUAAACCACUCGAUGAUUUAUGAAAUUAAUCAUAUUAAUUCUAACUAUUGAACAGUCUUGCUCUUAUUAGACUUUUUCAAUCAACAGCUAGCCAAACUGAUUAGCUCACUUACCAAAGAGUCUUUUUUUUUUUUUUUUUGGUGGAAGAUUCAAUCACAUCAUCAGUGUGUUUAACCAGGUGUUUGUACAUACACAUCAUCCUUGGCAUCAUCCUUGCUUUUGUAUGAAAGGCAGGUUUGGAUGGCUUUCAAGCUGGAACAAUAUGUCAAACAGGAUGUCAGAAACAAAGCAUUUAAUAGAAAUAUCAAAGGAGGAAACUCAGGUGAGCAGAAUCUGUUCAAUAGACUGGGAAAUUAGUAAUCAGCUCCACAUUUUUAAAAGUUUUGAAACAAAAAUUUGAUUGUGUUGACUUGGUGGCAUCAUGCUGAUGUGUGAAGGAGGAUAUAAACAAUCAACAUGUGGAAGUGAAAAACUGUCCUGUUUCAUCAGCUGCUUCUAAAAGAGCCAACAGGCUGGCAUCAGCAUGUCGAUGAGACCACAUCAGCCUUCCCCUGUGGAGAGAGAGCUAAUUAAAGCUCCUGUAGGCAAACGCUGAACAGGCCAAACAAGAUUCUGACAUUGAAUUGUAUUUGUUUUUUUCUUCACAUUUGCACUCCAGAGUCUGUGAACAGCAUUUUUAGCAUCCCCUGUGGAAGAGGCACGUCUAGGUCGAAGCUAACACAGUAAUCUGACAGGUUAAUGAAUAAGAAGCGCAUCAAAAGAAAACUACAUAAUGAAAACAGAGCAGCAGACGCUGGUUUACUCCUACAUGAAGCUUCACAGAGCACUCCUUUCUCUAAAACACCUGAAGGUCCCUCCCCACAUGAAAACCAGCAGUGGUCCAUCCCUCAGAGAAUAUGCUUUCAAAUCCACACUAGUAAAACUUGAGUAAAAGUAACCCGCACACUGUAUUUAUUUAGUUAACUUUGAUUGGCCAUUUGCUUCUGUUGAUUUCUGUUGGCUUGAAUGAAUUUUCAUCAGCUCCUACAGACACUGAGAUGCUUUAGAGGAGAGCACAUCAAUAUGAUGGACUGAGCACUUCUGACCUGCCUGCCUUCCUCACAGUCUUGAUGACUAAUUUAGUAGCUGACCAGUUGACUGUGACUUAGUAACUGCCUGUCUGAAAAGGAAAAAAUAAAAAUAAAACACACACACAGGGUUUUUGGGUUGGGGAAUGAUGCCAGUGAGCAAUGCUUAUGGUGGGGAAUACAACAAAGGAAAAAAAAAUGUGACUCCUUUUUUUGUUUGUUUUUGCAAGGGAAAGAGGGUUUUGGUGUACAGAUCAUCAUGUAUGCAAUGUUUUGUACAAUGUAAAUAGAUUUCUUUCUAAAGACGAUCGUGAUGCAUUUUGUGAAGGGCCUUGAAUGAUGUUGUAAAUAUCUAACUUAUAGCAGAGAUUUAAUAAUAUGGGCUAAACAUUGGGUGACUGAGAAAAUAAAAGACCUGAUUUUUACUA